AUGGUUAUAAAAUUAUAAGGAAGAAACGCAUCAAUAGGCUUGAUUGAAUAAAUGUAAGAAACAUUGAUUAAAAUAGGAGUUGAUUUACAAGAAAUGUACCCUUCAAAUCUAAUAUUUUAGUAUUUACUCAAUGCUGCCUUCGGGAGAUACCUUAAAUGAGGUUAAUAAAAAUUAGAUAAAAGAAUUGGAAACAUGGUGCAGCCAGUAGCAAUAGAUCUUAGGAUUGAGGAUGAUAAACUACCUGAUAAAAUUGGCUCAUUGA